GAGAAAAACUUUAGAGCUCAACAGCCAUGAAAGGAGGAGAGGAACGUAGACGAAGUUUUCGAUGGUUUUAAAAAAUAAUGGUCAACACUGUUCGGUUGGUUACUGAAACGUAUCACCAGCAUUGGAAUUGAAGCUAAGAAUUCGGCAAUGGUUUUGAGAUCCGGUGAAAUAAUUGUUUUUAAGACGAACGUGAAUUGAUUCUUCGUUUUUUCCCAUUUCCCCUCCUCUUAGUUUAUGUUUCUGUUCGCAUUAUUGUUUCGAAAUUAAAAAAGAUCGAGUAAAGAGGUAAAAGCAAUGGAGUCUCGGAUGGAUCAUUACGAGAUCAUGGAACAGAUCGGCCGUGGUGCUUUCGGUGCUGCCAUUCUCGUUCAUCAUAAAUCCGAGAAGAAAAAGUAUGUGUUGAAGAAGAUCAGAUUGGCACGACAAACGGAGCGUUGCAGGAGAUCUGCACAUCAAGAAAUGGCACUUAUUGCACGGAUUCAGCAUCCUUGCAUUGUUGAAUUUAAGGAAGCUUGGGUUGAGAAAGGUUGCUAUGUUUGUAUUGUUACUGGAUACUGUGAAGGUGGAGAUAUGGCUGAAUUGAUGAAAAAAUCAAAUGGGGUGUAUUUCCCCGAGGAGAAACUUUGCAAAUGGUUUGCACAGCUGCUUCUGGCAGUUGAAUAUUUGCAUUCAAAUUUUGUCCUGCAUCGUGACCUUAAGUGUUCCAACAUCUUUCUUACCAAAGAUCAAGAUGUGCGCCUUGGGGAUUUUGGGCUUGCAAAAACUCUAAAGGCAGAUGAUUUGGCUUCUUCGGUGGUUGGAACUCCCAAUUACAUGUGUCCUGAAUUGCUUGCAGAUAUUCCUUAUGGUUUCAAGUCUGAUAUCUGGUCCCUGGGGUGCUGUAUUUAUGAGAUGGCUGCUCAUCGCCCUGCUUUUAAAGCUUUUGAUAUGGCAGGGUUGAUAAGCAAGAUAAAUCGUUCCUCCAUCGGGCCUUUGCCUUCUUGCUACUCACCAUCUUUGUAAGUCUUAAUGCACAUUGUAGAGCUCACCAUUAUGUUUUCAUGAUGACCAAGUAUUCUCUAUG